GUGAGUGUAAUUAUGGAAGGAGUAAAUUGCAAAAGAAAAAUUUGUUGAAGCUUGUGAAGGUACAAAUGUUGUUGCGCACCAUUGGCCAAAUUCCCCAUUUGUUUCUGCGUCAUUCUUCAUCACCGCUACGAAUCAGACCAAUCCACUCUUCCUCCAUUAAGAUGGCUGCUGCUGAAGACUACACUUUUGGGCCUUACAAGAUACACCACAGUGAAGUCUUCUACUCCACUAAUCUCUCUUAUGCUAUGGUCAACCUUCGUCCUCUUCUCCCUGGUCAUGUGCUUAUCUGUCCAAAGCGUGAAGUAAAGCGUUUUGUUGAUCUCACUGCUGAUGAGACUUCAGAUUUAUGGCUCACUGCACAAAAAGUUGGUAGGCAGCUUGAGAGUUAUCAUAAGGCUUCAUCACUCACUCUUGCUAUCCAAGAUGGGCCCCAAGCAGGACAGACGGUACCUCAUGUUCACAUUCAUGUUGUGCCACGGAGAGGCGGUGAUUUCGAGAAGAAUGACGAGAUAUAUGAUGCGAUGGAUGAGAAGGAGAAGGAAUUGAAGGAAAAACUUGAUUUGGACAAGGAGAGGAAAGAUAGGAGCCUUGAAGAGAUGACUCAAGAGGCAGAUGAAUACAGAAAACUUUUCUUGUAACAUCUUAAAUAGAAAUACAAAUAGAAUUCUUGUCUGAUUCCUUUGAACUUCUAGUUUUCUCAUUAUAGACAAUUUAAUGCACUUCCUUGUGGUUGUGGCCACAGAAAUAUUUAUCCAUUAUUAUUUUAGAACUGAGUUGUACUAGACCAUACAAGUCAUACAAAUAGUAAUCUUCUGUGGAACUUUUUAAGA